AAUUACUAAAAAUGUAUUUUGCCUUGGCUCUCUAGUUAAUAAAAUUUGCACCGUGAAAGAUGUAUACAGCAUGGCCAGCUUUAUAUUACGCUGAUGAUUGUCCAACAAGAUCCUACAGAUCAUAGACCGAUAGGGAAAGGUAAGCGAUGUUAAUUACACUUGAUAUGCGAUUGAAUUAAUAUAAUCAUCAUGCAUGUUAUGUUUCGGUAUAAACGAAACAUAGAAGACAUGUUUGUCUGCUCUUGUGGCCCAAAAUAAACAGCUUCUAUAGAUCAUUCAUGAAUAGCAGGACAAGUCUUACGGCAACAAAAGUAAAUAUUUUAAAAAUAUUGACACUACAAAGCACGAAGUACAUGGUUGAAUGAUUUUGAUACAGUUAGCGACUAUUUUGUCGUGGCUCUUAGUCAACUUAGGCAAUACAAUUUUUACCGUAAAAAAAUAUACACGAGUGGCAAGGAUCUGGACGUACCUACAAGGCAACCUUGUCAAUUACCGCAAAUGAAACUGUUAACUCAAUUUACCCACAUGAUCCAAAAUAAUAGGCUUUGUCCGUGCAAUAAUAUAUGCAGAAAGAUUCAAACAAGACAACAAGCUUAGAGCUACAAAUAUUGCUUUACUAUUUACAAGUUGCUGUAGUUGAAGCAAAGAGAUAAACCUUGGUUAGACAAAGUAGACACCAAAUGUGGUGGGACUAAAAGCAACCGUUAACUAAAUUUGUAAUGCUUCAUGUAAGAUCCAAAACAGUUUUUGAGCGAAUUAUCAAGGCAUAUAAUCGUAAAAGUUAGUCAUAACCCAGACCUAUACCUAAACCCCCCCCCCCCAGUUUUAAUCCUAGUUUUAAUUAACUACUUUAAAUUAUACCUCAAACUAUUAUUUGUUCCUUUACACGAAGUAGUGACUACUAAAUUUAUUAAAGUUAGUAUUUCACAGCUCGGGAAAAAUUUUAUUUAACGCAUUACCAUGCAUCGACGAUUAUACAUGCGACUCAAAUCUUGAUCGACCCUUCAUAACGGGAUAGUAUUCUAGGAAUUUAUCCCAGAGAUGAACAAGUACUGUUAUUAGCUGUCGAAUUUCUAAAUGGAGCGAGUGGUAAUUUUUUUUUGUUCAGCAGAGAGAAAGAGAAUAUACUAUCAUUUCGAAUCAAAUUACUGGGGUCAACGGAUCCGGCCUUCUAUUAGCUAGGUGGCUCAAUGCAACGGUGCAUGAACAUUACUCAAAUAAUCAAAGUGCAUGCAUAUAUUAUACACUGGAAUGAAAACUAGUUUGAACAGGAAACGCAGGGAUAAUUUAGCACUAGUUUUGGUUUUGAUAGUGUCUGCAUCUUCCGAUCUAAAAUUUCCAUGCAAACUCCCUGCAUGGUUAAUAAAAAUUUCCUCAGCGCGCUAUUGUGUAUAAAUUAUACUCUGCAUGCGUAUGAACGGGUUUUGUUCAUAUUCGGAAAGAUCAGGCCUAGGCUUUUAGCUGUUGAAUGAUAUGUUCUUCAUGCCAAAUAUGGAUAAAAAGGAGCAAAUAUGAAUCCGAUAUAAAAAAUGUUAGUCAGAAUCACUAUAUUUUUACCGUUGAGAGUUGGGUCUAAAAACCAUUGAAAAUUAACACCCUUUGGGCCUUAUCUGUUGAUGAAAAUUCACUUCGAAUAAACUACGCACAUAUACUCAUAAUUAUUAUUAAGUAGGGAUAAUUUUUAGCUAAGCUACGAGAAGUUCGUGAUUAAUUGCUUUUUCAUUUUUUAUGCACUGCUUUAAUUAGGCACAGAGGUGAAAACAUGCGAUUCUGACUAACCUAUACUUAUUGGACUCGUACCUGCUUAUUUAUUCUCCACUUGGCAUGAAAAACAUGGCAUUCAAUAGCUUAAAGCCUGAUCUUUCCGAAUAUGAAAAGAAUUUGUUCAUACGCCGAGUAAUUCACGUACAAUAGCGCGCUGAAGUUCAAUUACCUUUUAUUAAACACCGGCCCUAUACUAGCUACGAUAGUAAUUAAAAAUAGGUACGCAGUGCGUACAUGUUGCAUGCCCUCUCCUCCGCAGAGGCUUUAGUUGCCUUUCCUUUCCUUUCCUUCGCCCUUUUCCGCCCGCGCUCCUUCGCCCAGUGGCUCCGCCCGUGUUCCGCUAUGUCUUUUGAAAUGCGUUCAGUCAACCUGAUCAGUUGCGUUUGAUUGCUUGUAUUUCAAAAGAGAAGUGAUCGCAAAAUGUCGAUCGCGCGACAUUUUGCACUGAAUUGAAAUCCGCCUUUAUGGUCCGCAAGCGCUUAUAAAUUUUGGUACAACUGGCCUGGAACUUAACAUAUUGAUUCAAUAAGUUUAAUAUCAAUAUAUUUAUUGAAAAAAAGCUAUUAUGUCAAAAUAACAAAACAUUUUCAAACUUUUCGCGACUGUUCAUCUGUAGUUGCAAGGGACGGUAAUAACAAGGUCAACAGGUCAAGGUUCAUCACUGAUUGACUAUUCGAAGUAAACAAUGUUUAUAUUUUCCUACAAAUUUAGCUUUAUUGUGGCUUACUGAAAGUAGAAACCCGUGGAAACCGUGAAUUACUAUAAUAGAUUGAAAAUAAUUAUUAAACUAUGAUCUCGACUAUGAUAUUGAAAUUAUCGAAGUAGAAUGCUAUUUCGUUGUAUUAAAUUUCAGUAGACAAUUAAUUGUAUUACAAAAAUGAACGCUUUAACAUGUGUUAUAAAACACACAUUUUACAUAUAUUAUAAAAGUUAACAAUUUAAAUUAUAUUAGAAAAAUAUGUCUGAUAUAUCUAUUUUACAAAAUCGGAUUGUGCUAUGACAAUAUAUUACAGCAACGCUAUAUUAUUUUCUAUAUUGCAAUUAAAUACAUCCUAUAAUACAUAUUAUUAUAUACUAUCCGGGGCCCCCAUUUAUAGAAAAUCAUAAAUAAAAAAACUUAAUAUUCUUAACUAAAAUCUUAAUUUAUCAACUUAGCAUUUAGGUUUAAAAAGCAUGUUUCGUAAUCAUAUUAUGGCAUAUUUUUUUCAUUUUUAGCGCGCAGCAUUUUUACAUAUUAAUUUCGCGAUAUUAUUACAGUCCGCCAUAUUGUUUUAAACCGCCGUAUUGUUUUAAGCCGCCAUAUUGUUUUAAGCCGCCAUAUUGUUUUAAACCGCCAUAUUGUUUCCGCUUAAAUAGCGGCAUUAUAUUGUUUCUAAUCGCAGGGACCCCUCCUAUUUUAUUGCUACUAUUAUAAAUGUCCACUAACCUUGCGACGUCUUUCUCUAGUAAUGUAACUAAGCAAUCGUACCAAUUUAUGUAAUAUAGCACAUUUUCCCAAGAUAUCCAUCAUGGUGUUGCACAUUUUCCCAAGAUAUCCACCAUUAUUGUAUACACAAGGUCUGGAUGUAAGGUAUUCUGCAAUCUGAUUGGUUCUCUACUAGCUCAUAUCCUGCUAGUAGCGAAAAACAAAAUGGCGGCUGAAACUGAAUUUCCGACGUUUGCGAAUGAGAAAACGGCAAGCUAAGUUGUUCGUUUUUUAUAGCCUUUAUAGGAUUAAAAACACAAUGAAAAAACUCCCACAAAUUGUUUACAGGUUAGCAAAUGAAUUGCUAAAAUUUAAAUUGGUUAAAAAUAUAUAUUUUGAAAAAAAUAAUCAGCCGAAAGAGAGUAGAUAAAAAACAUAAAAAUAGAAAAAUAUUGAAAAUAUCCGAAAAGCAAAGUCUGUGAAUUCAGACCUUGUGUAUAUAAUAAAACAGUUAUUCCACUCACUCUCGUCGAAUAUGAGCGAUAGCCGCUUCGGCGCUACGCGCCUCAUCGGCUAUCAGCUCAUAUUCGACUCGAGUUCGUGGAAAUAACUGUUAAUUAUUCGUCAACGAUGUGGUAAGGUGGGGUGAUUUCACAUUCGGUGCCGAAAAAUGUUUGGGGUCCGAUCCUUAUGGGGGGCUUAGAGCGUGGAUUUCACGCUUAAUGACUUACCUAAGCUAGUCGAGUUUAUCACUAGCUCAUUGUGGUCUUUAAUUCAAUCAGUAGUGUUAGAGCAAUUUUAUUGACCCUUCUAGCUGCCAAAUACACCAAAAGUAGCAACUGAAACGCACACAUGCACGGGAGUGAAUCUUAGUGGUUUUGUCAAUAAACUGUACAGUCCAUUUGAAAGCUUAAGCGUACAGCAAAAGCAAUUACUGCCGUUAUAGAAACAGCACGGCUGAAAUAAUAUUGCGAUCAUAGUAAGAUGUCAUCCUCAUAGAAAUGACGUCUUAACAAACUGCAGUCUGUUUUUACGGUUUAAGCGUAUAGCAAAGCACCAGCUGUCCUUCGUGGAAACAGCAAUGAAUAACCUUGCAGCAAUAGAUGCCUGCCUUAUAAAAAUGGCAUCUAAUUAACAAACUGCAGUUCUUUUUUUCGAAGGCUUAAGCAUAUAGCAAAAGCAAUAAAUGCAUGGCAUACGGAAAUGUGAUCUCAACAAGCUGUAUGUAUAUAGUCUUUGUUUUCGUUUAUGGCUUAAACGUAUAGCAAAAGCAUGUGCUGCACUUUGUAGAAGCAGCACAGUUGCAAAAUACCAAGUAGGAGAUGUCAUCCAAUCCCUGUAGAGAUGACCCUAUCUUAACGUCCAACUGUACAGUCUAUUUUAUUAGCUAAAACAUAUAAUAAUAGCAAUUAUAUAGCUGUCCUAUAUAGGUCGAAAAAUACCAAGUACAGUUGGUGCCAUUCUUAUAGACAUGGCAUGUAGUAUAAUAAACUGUACUUUGUAUUCAUUAGCAAGCUUCCCUGUAAAGAAACAUGCAGCGUUAAAAUAUUUUGUAAGUUGAAAAAUAACUGAAUACUUUUUAGGCUAGAGCAUAUAGCAAUAGCAAGCUGCCCUUUAUAGAAACAGCUGUGAAAUAACAUCACAACUUUAUUAGAUAUCCCACGAUACCUGCAACACUUCCAGCCAUUCGACACGACAAACAGUACACCCAAAAAGUGGCACCUUUCUUUUUACACAUACUCAUGCUGAAUGACUAGAAGUCUCGCAGAGACCUUGGAAAAAUAAUAAAGUCGCAAUGCCACUGCCCAGGUAUGCGAUCAUGCUUGCCACAUGCACGCAAUGCGUACCUAUUUUAUACAUACAAAGAUUUAUACUCCAGAGCCAUUUUUGUUUUGAGCAUAUGGUUGCUUGUUGUGGUGUUAAAUUUGAGAAUUUCAAAUGUAAAUAUCAUUAAAUGUAGUUCGCAAGACAUGCAGUUGAGUGGGGCUCUCUCAACUCCUUCCGGUCCAGUUUUAUGUGCCACGAGUCAUGAUAUACAUGGACAUAAAAUAGAAAAUACGGGCAAUAAAAAAGAAAGUGCAGGUUUAAAAACGCUCUAAUGCCUACCACAGUGUAGGUGUAUAUUGGGUUUUCCAGCGACGCACAUUGCAAUUAUCAUCUUCAUCCAUUCAACGUAAAAGUUAAAUUAGAAAAAAUAUAUCAACACAAUAACAUUAAUCAUAUAGCACAAAAGAAACGAGUAAUAAGUCUAGCUGGGGUUUUAUAGACGUCGUUCAAGCUCUGUUGAUGACGGCAAGAUGUAUAUUUGCACGCAUCCUGCAUAUUUUCACGUUUCAAGCUGUGACAGGUUGUUUUUUCUAGUUGAUCAAGAUUGCUAUGAAAGUUAAAACUCUGUUUUACUCGUUCGAAACUGUAUUCAUUUUAUACCAAAGUAAAUACAAGACGAGAUUUCCAUACAAUCAUGCAGUUGUUUGAAACAGAUUGUUCAGCCGUCCUCUUGACGACGUCGCGGUCUUACAGUACAUUCGCAAACUCCUUAUUUUCAACAUAGGCGGUGGCAGCAGAGCGGCAAAGGGGCUAUAUAACCCCUUCACUAACCUAGAAUGGAUGAGUGUAACUGCAAGGUAUAACCCUCUAACUUUUGAGGAAGAGGGUCUAACCCUCUUCCCCAAAAGUGUGAGAAAUCAAUAUAAAAAGGUGUCGGAUUCUUCACUACCCGAAACUGUGAUAUCAACCAAACGAAAGAUCUUGUACGUCAUUAAUCUCCCCCAGGGCGCAGGGAAUGCCAUUUGGUGGCUCGAGAUAUCAAACAUUUUCGGGGCAGUGUGCCCCAGACAGACACCCCUUAGGUUAAAUAUCCGCUGUCGCCUAUGAUUUGUGAAAUAUAUAAAGAAACAUAAAGUUAAAUUUUAAUUGCCUUAAACGGGCAUACGUUGUUUUCCAAUAACUCAGGUGAAUGAAGCAUUCAUUUCUGGUGUGUUGAUAACGUUUCUAAUUCCUCUGACGUACAAGACUUCAGCUCUGAGCAAGGCGGCGAUCUUUAAGCGUUAGUCAGAUCAUCACAAUUGCUCUAUGUCUUUUGGUAGGAACUGUAAGACCCGCGUUUUAUCUGUUUCUUGUUGCAUUUGAAAUGGUUGGCGAGAUUCAUGCAGGAAAGUGACUUUGCAUGACAUAGUCCCAACGACAAGAUUAAGAAUUCAACAUUACUUCUUUUCACUAAAACAACAAAUUUUAAAAUAAAUUUAGCUGCAAAAAACUAGAAUGUACUUUAUCAAAAGGUUUCUGUACUAAUUUAAGCUCCAGACAACGAAAUCAAGAUUCAAUUCACGAUCAGUGUAUAUGUAUAAGAUGCAUGAAAGUCGAAGACGACACCACGCCUUCAAAGGCAAGGCGACUUGCGUUCGUCACUAGCUUUUGACAAGUACUUUUACUCCCUUGAGUACGAGCAUUUUAGAGUAGGAUAAAACCUUAGAAUAGAAAAUACAUACCUUACUUUAGUCUUUGGCUCGCCUCCUGAAGUCCCCGGGACUUCGGCAUUUCUUGUUUAAUUUGGCUCUUAUUUGGCGUCUCGUGCUUAUAAUAAUAAGUAAACUUUAGAUUAUUAUCGCUAUUUUUAUCAGUCUAACUUACCUAUUUUUACCUGUAAAUAUAGAACAGAUUGAAUACCUAUGUUCUUAUACCCUGUAAUUCCAAAGUAAUUCAGUUGUUACUGCUAGUUUGGAAAUUUAUAAUAAUAAUAAUAAUAAUAAAACUUCGGGCAAGAUAGCGAUUUUUCUUGACUUGCCGUGGAGAAUUCAAGUAAUUUCCUCUUUUUACUAAAAACAACAAAUUGUAAAACAGUUUUAGCUUUAAAACACCCUGAAUACUUUAUAGCAACAUUUCUCAACUCAUUUAAAGUAAAGAUAAGAAAAGUCUAGCCUAAAUUCAACGUCUCAAUACAUUGCCGAACAUGCAGUAGGAAAGUCACUCGCUGAAAUAUGAACAUUUUACGUAAAACACAAUUGUACAUACCUAAGCCUUAGCCGGCUAAGCUAGUAUUUAUAAGGCUGCACUCGAGACGGAGACGUCAACGUUCCCUUGUUUUUAAUUUACUUUCGCUUCAAAUGUUCGGGCAAGACAGCGAGAGUUUGCUUGUCUUGCAUGGCCAUUGAAGACGGGUUGAGAAUUCGAUUCAACAAUUAAAUUUCUUGCUGUUCUCCACUCUAAAACGACAAAUUUUAAAAGCAAAAAUAGCCACAAAUCACCUUGAGUACUUUAGCGACGAAUAUUUCGCUACUAUUUUAAACGAAAGAUUAUGAAAAGCAAGGCUUAAUUCAGCAUCUUCGUGCCAAUACAAGACGAAAGUCGAAGACGCCGUCAAUUUCUGCAAAUAAUUUUGAACACUUUACUCGUCCAAAUAUGAAUAUUUCACAUAAAGUAGUUAAAGUAGAUAGAACAUACCUUAGUACCGUCUUUGACUUUCAAUUUGCGCUUCUUCGAGAUUUUUCAGCAUCGUAUUUGGAUCUUGUAUGUACUAAAUUGCAUGAGGCAAUGGGCGAAAUAUAUCUGGUUUAAACUUUAAACCGCCCUAAAUUUGAAUAUAAUUUGCAUGUGAAUUUGGUCCGGAAUGCAAUUAGCAUUGAAAUCAGGUUUCUGAUUGGUGGCAAUUCAUAAACGUGUCUCUCUGUUUGGUCAAACCUCUGGGGCCGGUUGUUAAAAAUCCGAUUAGCUUAACCCUAGGUUAACUUAAAAUUCAAAGCAAACUUCCUCACAGCUUGUUUAUAAAUUUGGAAAUAUUUCUUCACAAAUCAUGUCUGGAUCAAUAGAAGUUUUCUUUUCUGAUAUUUUGAAAUAAAUGGACAUCAGAAAUAUGCAAACUAAAACAGUGGGUUAAAUUUUAAACCCUGGGUUAGCACUAAUCCACCUUUGAACAAUCGGCCCAAGUUGUUUAGAUUGGUUUAAAUCCCUGUGUGGAAAUAAGUCUUUUGAGCGACACAGAAUGACAUUCAGAAUACACAUUUUUUAAUUUGGUCUUCAUGGAGUCUCGUUCUCAUUAGUAAAUUACUCAAGGUGAUUGGCUAACGAUUCAUGAGAGCGAGGCUCCGAGGUCAAAUGACGUAAUUAUCGAAAGGGUGUAUUUAUACAUUUCGUAUGCAGCAUGUUAUUACUCAUUGCUUAAUAAAGCGCUACUAAGGCCAUCAUGAACCGAUAAUCGCUUAUAAAAUAGCAGCUUCCAAGGCCCACCUUGAUCUGCAAAUAAAAUGGAACCAAAGAGACAGUAGUGUAGACGUGUAAUCAGUGAUUAGGGAAGUUAUACAUGAAAAUUAGUUGCUCGGAAUAAAAUUCACUUGCCAUCAAGGCAUCAUAUAUAUUUUUAUCCUUACAAAUGAGCAAAAUUUGAAGCAAAGAUUGCAGUAAGGAUUGAUUAAUCAACAUUCUAAUCUUCGGUUUUCCUUAAUUAACAAAGUCACUUGAAGACUUAAUUAUGCAGAAGUGUUGAAUCCAGCUGAUUAAUUACUAGAGGCCGCUUUCAUAGAUAUCUUAUAUACACUAGAUAGUGCAUCUAAUUAUUCUGAAGUUCAAAAAUUGAAGCCGUGAUUGCAGUCUCAGGUCGUUCCCAUGAAAUUAGAAGAUUCGUAUGUUUUCUAUUUCUUAAACAGGGAACUUAAACAUUAAGUUAACCCUAUUCCAAAUUCGUUUUUAAAAUAUUCAAAUGAUGAAAAUUAUUGUUGUUUUUAAGCGUUCAUUAGCAAGUGCGAACGACCAACAUGGCCGCCAUCUAUUCAAAUGGGAGGUAACCGCUGGAAUAUUGUUGGCUUCAAUUUUACUAAAAGAGAUGCGCUAUCUAGUGUAUAUAAGAUAUCUAUAUGGCCGCUUUACACUACACAAUUUUUGGGCCCAGAAUUGUCGCAUGCAACCUCCUUAAAACGUGAGUUGUACUGUGUAAAUCAAGCAUACAACUAAUCUACGUUAUCGUAAGUGAGUUAUGCAUGCUUGAUUUACACAGUACAACUCAAGCUGGAAACAGGUUGCAUGCGACAGUUCUAUGCAAACGUUGUUUAGUGUAAAUUGGCCUAGUAAUAUAGAAUUAAAAACAGAAUUCAUAAACAAGCAAAAAAUUUUGUGUAUAGCUUUCAAUUUCUGGAAAACAACAUUAAAACAACUUGCCCAAUGAUCAGGCAACCAAGAAGCACUGGCAUUGCCGUUAUCUCUGUGACAAUUAAGGCUUUGAUUCCUGCAAUACACAUGCAGUUGUCUGAAUAUAAUUUUUUUUUCUCAGUGGUAUGUGCGAAGAGUGCUUCCAGCUUGACUCUAUCAAAACAUCACUGAGUUUCCCCUCCAAACUUCUGCCCAAAUUUUUCAAUAAGCAUGGACCACAGUGAACAUAUUUUACUAAAAUGGGGGUGGGGGGGGGGGAGUGAAUAGGUUUUCGGAUCGUCGGAUUCCGCCCAAGAAAUUGUUCGGAUUUUGGAUUUGGUGAAUAUUUUACCCGGAUUUGCGGGUCUUAUUACAGUACAGCGGAUUGCGGAUUUAUCUAGUAUUUUGGCUCGGUUUGUGGUUUUUGCUUGUAAUUUAGUUCGGAUCCUGGAUUGUAACUUCAUAGUAGAGCUUUUAGCGGAUCAAAAUUUAGACAAAACCAUUGUCGGGUCGGCGGAUUUUGCUUCAAAUUUGGGCGGAUCGGCGGAUUUGUAUGCGCCUAUUCACCCACGCCCCCCUUCACAAUAAAUAAAUUGUCUUGUUUCGCUCGCUACUCUGGUUUAAAUAAAUUAUUACAAAGCCCAGUCGAAUUGAAAUUGUAAUAAAGACCCAACGUUUCAAUUCGAUUCGUUUCAAUUCGUUACAAUUCGACUGGGCUUUGUAAUAAUUUACUUAAAUACCUGGUUAAAUUGGAGUGAACGAACAAACUUUAAAUAAAUUGUCUAUAUUGAAUUAUUCGUUGGCAAGAUAUUCCAGUAACUGAAUAUUUAUGGUAUUUGGAUCACUCUAAGAAUAAAAGUAAUAUGUCUUUAUAGUAAAAAACCUUAUUUUGAUAAAUUCUUUCACUGUCAAUACAAUUUGUGUGUAUGUCGUUUUAUCAUUAACGUAUUUUCUCACACUGAAAACUCCUUAAGCCAUGGUCAAACGAGAAUGAAAUUGAUCAGUCAAACCAGAAAAAACUCUUAUCAGCUAUCAGAGGCACUAUUGGAUAAUAAAAAGGGCACCCAAAAAGGACACUUAUCAUCACAAAAAGAGCACUUCUGGUCCUUUGAAAAUAUUGUGGGGGGGGGCAGAGGGGCACGUGCCCCUGUACCCCACUUGGUUCCUACGCACUCUCAUCAAAAUUUAAACCAGCUCAAAGUUGGUGAGAGUGCAUGAGAGUCGAUGACAACGGUGGUCACAGGAGCCGGAUGUUCGAAAGCAGAUUAGCGUAAUCCUUGUUUAUAGAUUUGAAAAUAUUUCUUCAGAAAUAUUGGUUUGAAAUAAACAGGCGUGCAGAAAUAUAUAAACUAAAACAACGGGUUAAAUUUUAACCGGCGAGCCCUAAUCCUGCUUUCAACAACCGGACACAAAUCUGCUAUAAAAUUUGCAUACAUUAUGACGGCAUAGCAUAGUAAUAUUUUCCAGCUGAUUCUGACAUUCCAUUUCUUUACAACCCUUUCGCUUGCUUCUUAAACUUCAGCUAAAUCAGGUUCACUUUCUUCAACAAAUAUUCGUGCAAAAUUCGCCAGUGUUUCCGGAACACGAGGAAGCUUCCACAGAGGAUUGCAGGCUCAGGGUUCGAGAUUGGGGGUUAGAGCUGUGUGAAAAAUGCUGAUGUCAGCGGGACUAUAACUGUGACUAUUCUACUGCUAAUGCAUUGAAAUGUUCGUAACUUCAAAACUGUUCAUGCUAGCUGAGUGAAACUUUUAGCAUGUCUUACAGUCGUGCCAAUAGAAGCGUUCCGAAAGAUGUUGAUCAAUUCAUUUCCUAACUUCGAGGAAUUCCUCUGAACAGUUCCUCAACAAUUUGAUAAGUUCCUUAAAAAGUUCCCAACUUCCCGUUUCAUUGACCAAUCAGAUUUUGUAUUUUAUUUUUGAGCAAUCUGAUUGGUCAAUGAAACAGGAAGUUAGGAACUUUUUAAGGAACUUAUCAAAUUGUUGAGGAAUUGUUCAGAGGAAUUGCUCGAAGUUAGGAAAUGAAUUGAUCAACAUUUUUCGGAACGCUUCUAUUGGCACGACUGUUAGCAUUAACUAAUGUAUUGAAUGUCGCAUAAUAUUCUAGUAUUGAUUUGAUUGCGUCAUAACAGGUAAAUCUUUAUUAAGCAUUGACAGCAGAAAGUUAUCAUUAGCACGCACAAGUUUAUAUUACAGGUAAACUACGUCAAGCGUUCCUCUUUUGAGUUUCUAAAUUGAUUGCAAUUUUCCUCAUUACCUUUGCAAUUUAAUUUAAAAAACGCCCUUCUUGUUCCUUAACUUCCUGUUACAAGUUCCUAACUUCCUGUUCCGUUCUGUGCGUUGUAAUUGGCUAACAAAAAUAAUACACCAAUGGCAACGCUCAGAACAGAAGAGGAAGUCAGGAAAUUAAAACAGGAAGUUAGGAAAAUUUAAAAUGAAGAUUUUUGCAAUGGAAUAUUGCAACAGCCGAUAGGAACAUUGUAAAUUCCAUCAAGGGUUUGCAAAGAGUUUUUCGCAAAUUUGCAAAGCUAAUGAGGAAAAUUCCAAAUGAGUUAGGAAGUCAAAAGAAGAACGCUUCGCGUAGUUUACCUGUAAUUCUUCUCAUAAACUCGUAUAUCGUUUUGCGCUACCUACUAUAUACUUAUCUAAAAUUCCUGUGCAUACAUUGCGAGUAUGUUUGAAAUGUCGCAAACUAUCAAACUCGCAUGUAUAUUGGUGUCAGGUUAUAGAACGCUAUGGCAGGCUAAAUGCUUGCGUUCUGGUUCUUUUGAACAAUUGACAUUUUAUUUGUAUAUUUCCGUAGCUUGACACAGUUUCGUUAUUAGUUAGUUAAUUAUUACAUACGCUAUUAAUAGAACUUAGUUACCGCACUCCAUUGUAACUUGAAACGGACAGUCGAGAUAGUAGUAGUUAUAGACAGAUAAACAAACACGUUGGAAAGCGAGUGAACGAAAAUGAUUUUAAGCAACGUUCGAGUGUGAGAUCGACCCGUCAGGUACUGUUUUGUAGUUGUAUAGUUGAACAGUCUAUAGUUUUAUUUGACGUUAACUUUAUUACAGUUUUAAGCCUCAAUCUUUUCUUAUAUAUUUAUUAGGUUACUCCUUAUUAUUGUAAAAGUAUAAUCGGAAUGUGCUACAUAAAAUCUUUGUAAAUUUGCCGUGAUUUUUAGAAUUAAAAUGUAUUGCAGUUAGUCUUCCCGGCAUGGUUGUAACGGCCGCUGUAACUGUUGAAAUCAACUUUGCCGUUUGCGGUUGGCAGUCUGCCCGCUGCCGUAAACCUCAAUCUUAUGUCUCGACUAUAUACUUCCGCGUGUGAAUAACUACUUUUAGCAGCCAAUGCUUGAUGUCGGCUAACAAAUAUGCAACUAGUCAACUACUAUGAUGCAAUAUAAUUAAUAUUAUAGUGUUGUACGGCAUUGACAAUUUCAGUUAAUGCUUAAGAGUUGCUGGAAGUGUCGUGGAGCUACCUUGUAUGGUUUUGAAGUUACAAACAUUUCAGUUGCAUUAACCAUGCAGUAAAAUGCUCAGACAAUCGGUAACAAAAUAUCCGGUUAGGCUGAGAUUGCAACAUAACCCCUGGCCUCCCCCGAGCACCCGCAGCAACAUUGAAAUGGCGGAUGGGGUUUUUACAUGUUAUUUUUGCAAUUGUUUACAAAAAUAACUUUCCAAUCUAAGCGACCGACCUUUCAAUGUCACUGAUUGUAGUUUAAAACCCAGUAUUUCACAUUCAGUAUUCCGCUUCCACCCCCGACAAUAAGAUGAGUACUAGUUAUAUAUAAAGAUAAUAUAUGUGAAUUCCAAUGUUAGAUAUUCGAUCAUAUAGCUAAUGGAAGAUUCUCAGGAAAGGCAAAAAAAUUAAGCGAUGUAAUCAAUGCUUAAUACAUGAAAAAUCUACAAUAUUUAUUAUUUCGAGAGUUCAUUUUUAUUGAACUAUAGUAUAGACACAAACAAAAGGCAACCAGCUGUGAACAAGCAUAUAUAAAAACUCCUACCUUGCAAUUAAUCAAUAGCUAUCACUAAUGAAUUGAUAACACUGCAAUCUUAUAGUUAUAUGUUUAUACCAGUCAAGCAUGCACAUAGGCAGAGACGUAGCCAGGAUUUUCGAUCAGAGGGGGUCGGCAAAAACCCAGGUGGGGCCAAGCCGCCAGUGACUCGAGACGCAAAGUUCGCGCAAGAAAAAAUUUUGCGGACAACACAACAUUUUAAAUCUCCCCUCCCCGUCGACAUCUUUUUCGGUAAAAUAUUUUUCUGGACAAUAACAUUACAAUUGCUUUCGUAGCACUUUUCCCAAUUUCCGUAUCACUUUUUCCGAUGCUUCACCACGAAGAUUCCGACUAACAUUAGAGAGUUUGAGCAAGAGAACGACGACGACGUAGACCGUGGUUGACAAUUUUUGCCUGUCUUGCACAUUAUCUUACGAAUUCUGAGUUUAGAGUCAGAGGUGAAGACAGAUUAGAGAUUUAAUAUGUCUAGCUCUUUAUGAAUGCUGACCCAAAUCCUUACCCUGAUCAAGACAAAACAGCGAGACAUGAAUCCAUAUCUCGCCUUCGUUCUUCUGCCUUCGUUCACAACGAAAAAUUCGCAAAAAUUUUGGCAAAAUUCGCUGUGAACUUCGUUCUGAACGAAGGCAGAAGGACAAAGACGGGAUAUAGUUUCAUUCUCGCUGUUUUUUUCUGGGUCAGGGCAAGAAUUAGGGUCAGUAUGCAUAAACAGCGACACAUGGGAAGACACGUUGAGCAACCACCAGUGACGUCCAACUCAGUAUGCGCAAGAGAAUGUGCAGACGGCAAAAAUUGGCAAGUACGCCUUCGUUUUCGUUGUCUUGCUCAAACUCUGUAUUGGCAAUUUUCCGACAGGUCCCCCCCCCCCUCCCCUCCGGCCACGGCGCCACUGCCGAGCCCGCAUUAAAAAUUCACUUGUAAAAAACACAGAUUGGUUUAAACUUCAUCUAACCCGCAUUUAAUACAUAUUGAAAUAAUUAGGGUUAGAAAAGGUAUGUGUUUCAAGCUGUGUUCCGCAAAUAAGCGAACAAGUGAUUUUAGGUUUCACACCGAUGCCCAGCAAAGCAUAUAUUCUACAGAAUUUUUGCAUUAUUGACAGCAUGAACCUAUAUAAUCAAGGUUUCCCUUUUUUAUACAAUACAAUUUAUCAGGGCCCCCCAACAUUUUGCCUGGGGGGGCAAAAUUUUGCCAUGGGGGGGGAGGCCCCCCCGGCCCCAGCCCUGGCUACGCCUCUGCACAUAGGAGGGUCUAAAUGGGGGGGGGGGAGGUGUUUCUGAAAAUCAGUAAACAGUAAAAAUGUUGGUAUUUUAACGGUAAUAUUUUGGUAUUUUAACGGUAAAUCUUUGAAAAGUGUUCGGAAACGAUAAACAGUAUUUUUUUCCUCACGCUUCACGGUAAAUUUUUAGUGUUUCCACUACUGACGGUAACCAAAAUUGAGUGAAUCACGACUCACGAUAUACCCCAUCAACACCCUCAUAUAGUUGGUCUAGAUAAGAAAAAUUGCCUGUCCCAAAUGCAUGCAAAAGCGCCAAUAUGCUUCAACUUCUUUACUUUUCAUCCUGUUUCUACAAAAUUUCCCACGAACUUAGAACAUAACAUUCUUACAAAUGUUUUUUGUUUUUGGAAUUGCUACUUUUUGGCGGGUAAGUUACAGUACGUCACAAACUUGGCACCAAAAAAUUAAUUUACUGUUAUUCGUAAUUUUGUGCAAAAAUUUAUGUUAAAUACAAUCAUUCCUUGCGAAGAUAUAAAGACUAAAAUUUCCCCAAAUCCGCCAUUUUCUUCUAUUUUUUUAGUAACAAAAUGGCCGAUUUUUCGACAUUUGUAUCGCUAUAUCUUCGCGAAUUUAAACUAAUAGGGCCUAAUAAUAAUUCGUAUUUAGAAACAGACUUCAGUUUUAAGACUCUCCCUAGGUCGUCUACCGAACAAGUGCAUAAAAUUACCAAAAGCUUACUGCUAAUUUUUUAGCGUCAACUUUGUGACGUCAUUUUCCCGCAAAAAAUGUAGCAAUUCAAAAAAGAAAACACAUACGAUUUGUAAGAAUGACAUGUUCUAUGUCAAUGGGAAAUUUAGUAGAAACAGGAUGAAAGUUAAAGAAGUUGAAGCAUAUUGGCGCUUUUGUAUGCAUUUUUUGACAGGCGUGAAAAGUUAAUGAUGCUCUUUUUUCUUAUAUCUCAUUCUCGUUUCUUUUCCAGUAAAUUUGCGAAUCUCAAGUUCAAGAGAAUGAAAAGUAUUUUGACUCUAAUCUGCAUCCAUCUGUUAGUUGCCAUAGCAACAACAUCCGCAGACAAAGGUUUGUAACUUUUUCGAAGAUGACAUUUUGUCCAUAAAUUCCUGUAGGUUCCUGGCGGGAGGUUUCGAAAAACUAUCCUUUUGAUAAUCGGGUUCGGAAGACGUUCCAUCAAACAUUUGUGCAAUGUGAGAGAUAAGAAAAACAAGAUAGUGGUAACAAAAUCGAGUAGAUUAAAAAGUUUAAUGUUAGUAUAGGCGAUAAAGUGCAAAAGAAAACCUGGAAAAUAAAAAUAUCUUGAAAAGCCCAAUAUAUACUGUGUAGGCCAAAAGCUAAAAGCAAGACAUAAAUUUUAAACGGUUAUAUUUCGAUUCUGUCAUCAGACCAUAAGACCAUCAGAUUUUAAUGUAGGUAAGAGCAUGGUUUAUAUCCACUCUAAAUAUUUUUAAAUUGUUAAAUCGUUAAGGCGUUGUAUUUGUUCAAAACCCUAGUUUCAGUUUACUAUAAUUGGCUGUGGGCGCCAUCUUGUUUUGAUUAGAAAAAUUUGCACUGUGAGUACAUAUACACAUACGCGGCCGUAAUUACAAAGGUGGACGGGGGUGUCCCAAUAAUCCGUACUCCUCAGUAAAUUUUAAAAAUUAUUCGUAUUUUCUUUCUCAAAACAUAUAUAUCCAAAAAAAUACGAUAGAUUAAUAAUCCUAAAUACCAAAAUCCAAUCUUGUACAAAUUUGGAUAACUGGCAAAUUCAAUAUAUUUACAGAAAAGGACUUUCUACAUCUACAUCUAUAUGUGUUAAGUCGGUAAAAUCCUUUCGAAUAACACACCAACUAUUUAUAACUAUACCUAUUCUAAAAAUCUAUAUUUACAACAAUAGUUACUGUUAUUAAAAAGAAUUGCUUAAAUUGUUUCUAAACUGGAGGAGAUUCUCUGAGUUCACAAUUUCUUCGGGAAGUAAGUUCCAUUCCCUAAUCGUGCGAGGGAAAAAGGAAAAUUUAAAAACAUCUUUGGUAGUUUUGGGGACUCUAUAUUUAUAGCGAUGGCUACCACGAGUUCUGGUCUCAUUAUUUACCAGCAAGUAGUUAUUUGUCUCAACGUCUACAAGAUUCCGAGAGAGUUUGUACAACAAUGUCAAUCUAGCUUUCUUUCUUUUAACUUCUAAACUUUCCCAAUUUAGAUCUUUGAUCAUAUCAGUGACACUUCACAUAGGAUUGUAGUUCUUGAAACAGAAACGCGCUGCUUUUCUCUGCACUCUUUCCAAAGCCACUUUGUCCUUGUUAGUAUAAGGAUCCCAGGCUGUUGAUGCGUAUUCUAGCUUGGGUCGUACAAUGGAUUUGUAUGCUGUUUCUCUCACUUUCUUGGGGCAAUUCCACAGAUUACGUCGCAUGACACCCAGAACGUUUGUUGCUUUACUUGCCACCGAUGAGACAUGGUGAUUCCAUUUUAAUUUACUAGUGAAAGUAAUGCCCAUGUAAGAUAUUUCUUCUACUUGAUCUAGCUCUACUCCACAAAACAAAUACCUCUUUUGGGGAGGAUGCUUUUUAUUGGAAAUGCAUAAGAUUUUGCAUUUUGAGGGGUUGAAUUCCAUCUGCCAUUAAUUUUGCCACUGUUCCAGCUUAUGUAGAUCAUCCUGUAGGCGGUCACAAUCUGAAUCACUCGUAAUGACAUCAUAUAAUAAGGCAUCACCAGCAAAAAGUUUCACAGUUGACUGUAAGUUGUCCGACAAGUCAUUAAUGUACAGUAAAAAUAGGAGCGGGCCAAGCACUGUCCCUUGGGGAACUCCUGACGUCACAAGUAGGGGGCUAGAUGCUUUGUCUUCACAGACAACAGACUGAUAACGUUGUGAAAGAAAAGACUCGAACCAAUCAAGUAGCUCUCCACAAGUUCCAUAAUAAUGCAGUUUCCUCAAAAGACGUUGAUGGGGUACCUUGUCAAAAGCUUUCGAAAAGUCCAAGACUGCAACGUGCGUUGAUUCACCACGUUGAAUUGUAUUCGCCAGAUCAUGUAUGGUUACAAUAAGUUGGGUUUCGGUUGAUCUUUUUGCCCUAAAUCCAUGUUGACAGUCCGUUAGCACGUUGUUUUGUUGCAAAUGUUUCAUAACAUGACUGUGAAUUAUAUGUUCCAAUAUCUUAGAGGCGAUACAAGUCAGUGAAAUAGGUCUAUAAUUAACCGGAUCUGAUUUUUUCCCUUUUUUGAUGAUCCCACAUAUAUUUGCAUUUUUCCACUUAAAAGGCACGAUUCCUGUGUCUAUGGAGCAUUGAUAAAUAUCAGCUAACAUGGGUGAAAUAUCUAGCUUGGGCAUAUUCUUUUAGGAACCAGGAUGGGAUAUUAAAUUCUGCCAUUGUAUGCAAAAAAUUGAUGACGUGCAGCAAAGUCCAAUAUAUUAAUUCAUCCACUAAUUUUUGGUUUAGGAAACUUACAAAGAGACGUUAUCGCUUCCCUGUAUAUAUUAAACCACCAUCGGCAAACUGUUUGUCACUUUGUCAGGUUGAGCUCCGCGGUUUUCUGUGCUAUUGUGUUUGCUAAUCUCGAGCAUGCACAGGCAAACUUUGCUCAUUUACACGAUUUACAUGAUGAAGAGGUUACGUCUGGAGUCCUAAACAUGUCAUUUCUUUCUGCCCAGUGGUGUUUCUUAUAUGUGGUACCCAUAACUUUUUUGUGACGAAAUGUUGGUGCGUGCUCGAUAAGCCUGCGUGUUUCAUUCCCAAUUCCUCAGUUUAAUGUAAAAUCCAGAAAGGGCAAUGUUAUAUUUGUUUCAGUUGGCUAAAAUGCACAUUUUUUUAAAAAAUUGGAACAUUUACGAUUGGGAUCCGUAUUUUUGGACAAUUUUAGAAAACAUUUGUUGACCCAAAACGUCUCAAGUUUAUAGAUAACGUGAUUAGUCAUAAUAAAAUUGUUUUGCACUUUUGGGUUGACAGAAUUAUUUUAAACUCUUUAGACGUUGUCUUCCAUAAGUAAGGCAAUCUUUGUUUUUCAACAAGUACAGGUAAUAACAAUUGUCCAAAAUACGGAUCUAAAUCCAUUAAAAAAAAACUGCAUGUACGACCGAGCCACCUAAAUCCAAUGCUAUACUACAAAUGGAACCCUGGAGUAACCUAUAUGUAUUUUUCGUAGAAAAACUCGAAACAGUUUUCACGCAUGCGAUUGAAAAGAAUUACUGGAGUCAACCUUCGCUCGCUGGGGGAGAAGCAUACACCACUGGUCCCAAAAACUGGGGCUGGAUAGAGCAUCUGCGAAUGCACAAAUGAAGCCAAUGGCGGCCAUAUUGGUGUGACCCACUGAACUAAAUUUAUUUUACUUUACCUGGAAGUUCAGCUGCUACAAUUUCUUCACUGCACGGUCAAUACGUCAAUCUCAGUUUGCAUAUUAAAGUUUGAACUGUUUUCUUUCUCAAAAACAAAUUUAAUUAAAAAACACCACUAAAAAAACUUGCUUUAGUCGACUUAUUUGGUUAUGAAAAUAUCUUUUUACUUUUACUCUUUUUUAGUAAUCUUUCUUACGCAAAAAAGUAGGCAAAAAUGUCAUGCCAAAAACUAUUGUUUUUAAAUUUGUUUUAGAAAAAAACAAUGCAAACUUACGCAAGCGAUAACGGAAACCAAACUGAGAUUGACGUGCUGAUCGCUCAGUGAAAAAAAUUGGCGGGUGGGGGGACUAAGACAAAAUGGAGAUGGCGUGGAGGGCUAACGCCACUCCUGACGCGUUGCUCACACGAGGCUUCACUCUUUUACUGAGUGUUAUCGUUCCAGGUAAAUUAAAAUACAUUGAGUUCACUGGUGUGACAUGCACGAGGUUCUUGGUUGCCUGUAAAUAAACAAUGAGGUCAUAAAAGUAUGGGCGCCUCAAGUGUCAUUAUCUCGUGCUUAAAACGAUCAAAAACGCAUUGGAAGUGGUCUGGGAAGCUAUAUCUUUCAUGUUACGCAGUGGAAGAUAUUUGACAUGAUAAUCUAACUAUUUUAAAUUAAACACGUAUUUGAUUCGUGAAGAAUGUUGUGGAUUUAAAAAUAACUCCUCAUUAUAAAUAUUUUGGCUUCAAAAUUAAUUUCCUGAAUUCAACAGGUUGCUAUAUCCAGAUCAGUCAUACACACUUACCGUUGCGCCACCAUACUUUAUCUCAAUGCAGUUUGUACUACAAAUCUGAUGAAAUCUAACCUACUAUAAAUAUAUUAUUUUAUAUAGACCAGAUGUCUGAGGAUAUAAGUAAUCAACCCAUCCCUCGACUUCGAAGGAGUCGACGUGCUUUGCAAAACCUUAACCACGACGAAGAUUGUUAUGAUGAUUAUCCAAUCAAAGAUGGUCUUCUCUGCUACCCAAGAUGCAAAGCAGGCUACAGUAAUUACGGUCAAGGACCGGUAUGUUGGGCCAAAUGCCCUCCAGCAACUACAAAUAUUGGCAUUUCAUGUCAAAAAGAUACCUAUGGCAGAGGAGUUGGUAAAAUAUUAAGUUCCUGCAAAUCGGAAAUGGAGAAAAAUGGCCUGCUGUGUUAUCCGAAAUGCGAAAAGAGUUACUAUGGUGUUGGUCCCGUUUGUUGGCAAAAAUGCGAAUCUGAAUACACUGAUGAUGGUGCACUCUGUCGGAGACCUUUGGUCGUAUACGGCCGGGACACCUCGUAAGUUGUACAUUUCAAACUUUUCAGAAAUAGAAAACAUUU